AUGAUUUCCAAAACUGUGUGCAUUACUCAAGAAGGUCCGGCAAAUGCAUUGGCACUCAACAAAGAAAAUAGUCAAGUAGUUAUAGCAGGACGUAAUGUUUUCAAAAUAUUUACUUUAUUAGAAGAUAGAUUUGAAGAAGCUUGUAAUUUGCGUGUCGGAAAAAAUUUAAAUUUGAAUUUUUCUUGUAAUGAUGUUGCUUGGAAUCUCAUUGAUGAUCAUAUAUUAGCAACUGCUGCCACAAAUGGUGCAGUAGUAGUGUGGAAUUUAAAUAAAUCAUGUAGAUCCAAACAGGAACAUGUUUUUAUUGAUCAUAAGAGAACUGUAAAUAAAGUAAGCUUUCAUAUGACAGAACCUAUGUGGUUAAUAUCUGGCUCUCAAGAUGGUACAAUGAAGUGUUUUGAUUUAAGAAUACAAGAAGCUACUAGAACCUUUUAUAGCAAUACAGAAUCAGUACGAGAUGUACAAUUUUGUCCUCAUUCACCUCAUACUUUUGCUGCUGUCUCUGAAAAUGGGCAUGUCCAACAGUGGGAUUUACGUAAACCAGACCGUUACUUUCAACAUUUUACUGCUCAUAGCGGUCCUAUAUUUGCUUGUGAUUGGCACCCUGAAACCACUUGGCUUGCAACUGCUUCCAGAGAUAAAACCAUCAAGGUUUGGGACUUAUUAGGUAAACCGAGUUGUGAUUAUGUAAUACAUACAAUAGCAUCUGUAGGUCACAUAAAAUGGAGACCUCAAAGAAAAUAUCAUAUAUCCAGUUGUGCUCUUGUGGUAGAUUGUAGUAUAAAUGUGUGGGAUAUUCGUAGACCAUACAUACCUUUUGCAAGUUUUAACGAACAUGAAGAUGUUGCAACUGGUGUUGCAUGGAGGGGUAAUUCACAAUCUUUUUUAUCAACUAGCAAGGACUGUACACUGUAUCACCAUGUGUUUAAAGAUGCUACUAGACCCGCGAGUAAAGCGAAUCCGCAGGGCAUGGCGUUAAAUCCGAAAGGUGAUAUUGCGUAUGCUUGUAAAGUAAAUGUCCACGUUACAACUACAAUGAAACAACUGACUAACAUAAUGAGAAAAACACCCGCAACAAAUGAUACGUUUUGUAUGGCGUCUAGCGUGAUGCACAGAUUUGCCAUAAACAUGCCACGGGAACCACAGUGGUUUAAAGCUUGUGCAGAAGGUUAUUUACUUUCUGGAAGAUUAAAUGACAUUUGCGAUCAUAAUGCCACUGUUGCCAGAAAUGCCGGUAGAAAUGAUAUCAGUACUGUGUGGAAUAUUAUAAAAACUUUAUACGCAAAUCCAAUGGGAUCUAUUUUAAAAACUCCUCCAACUGCUUCCAAGGAAGAUAUAGUGAAUACAUUAAACUUAGCACAAAUUACAAUGGGACCUGGUCUAGAACAAUCGAAUGCAGCGCAUGAGAACGAUGUGAAAUCAUUGCAAGGAGAAGUAACGGGCGCAACUAGUGGAGGUGAUGAUGAGACGGAAACAGAUGAGACGCCGGAAAAUCAACAUUCUAUAGGGUCUAUGUUACCUAGUUACAAACGAGCAUUUAUUGAUCACAAAGGACCAUCUAAAGGAGAUUUCUUAUUUGGAGAAAGCGAAUUUGAACCCAUGACGAUGGAAUACACUUCCAGUUAUAUGAAUAAUAUGAUAAAUAACGAUAACGAUUGGACGUUAUCCAAAGAGGCAUUCCCUUUGAGACACGAGAUAAAGGACAGAUCACCGCCGCCGGAACAAUUUCCGAAUCAUCCCCCGGACAUUAACGAAGAUUGUGCUUCGUUAAUGAUCGAAGAUCAACCGAGUCAAUUAAUAGUCUCGAAUAUACCUAAACCGCAGUUUUGGGAUCCCACGAACUUGAUCGAAGAGGCUUUGAAGCAUCAUGCGGCUCUCAGAGAUAUACAGACUUCUGCGUCGAUUCUUAUCGCGUUGGGAGAAAAACGAAAAAACUUGAACAUUGAAACGGCCGUUCAAGAACAUUGGAUAUUAGAAUACUUGGAUAUGCUUGCAAGAUUUAAACUCUGGAACGUGGCAACCCAGAUUAUUCAAUCGGUCUGGAUUCCAUCUGUAUCGCAAUUAAAUCAGCAAUCAACUGUAAUACACGCGUGUUGUUUUGCUUGUACAAAACCGUCGCAAAGAGCAGCAUGGUUUUGCGAUCGAUGCGAUUCCUCUCACCACGCUCUCUGUUCCGUUUGUCAUCAGGUUGUGCGAGGAAUUUACGCAUGGUGUCAGGGAUGUACACACGGUGGUCACGUUGUCCAUAUGAACGAGUGGUUCAGUUGUAAUAGACAGUGCCCUACAGGCUGCGGUCAUAUGUGCGAGUAUACUUAGGGAGCAUGUGACGGUGUGCAAUAACUUUCCAGUAUACAUAGAUUUGUGUUCCGCUGAUUAGAAAAGGUG